CUCGCCUGCAGCGCACCGCCUGGGUGUUUGCGAGAUCCAUGGGCGGCCGCCGCGAGAGCCAGGAUGACAGAUUACCGCGAGGAACAGCGUAAGGAGCUGGAGGCCCUGGAAUCCAUCUACACUGACUCCUUCACAGUAUUAUCAGAAAAGCCACCCAGCUUCACCAUUACUGUGACAUCUGAGGCAGGAGAGAAAGAUGAAACUGUCCAGACUACCCUCAAGUUUACACACAGUGAAAAAUACCCAGAUGACAUUCCUCUUUAUGAAAUAUUCUCCCAGGAAAAUCUAGAAGAUAAUGAUGUAUCAGACAUUUUAAAAUUAUUAGCAUUACAGGCUGAAGAAAAUCUUGGCAUGGUGAUGAUCUUUACUCUAGUGACAGCUGUGCAAGAAAAAUUAAAUGAAAUAGUAGAUCAGAUAAAAACUAGAAGAGAGGAAGAAAAGAAACAAAAGAAAAAAGAAGCCGAAGAAGCUGAAAAGCAAAUAUUCCAUGGCGCACCUAUUACAAUUGAGAAUUUCUUAAGUUGGAAGGCCAAGUUUGAUGCAGAACUCUUGGAAAUUAAAAAGAAACGAAUGAAAGAAGAAGAACAAGCAGGAAAAAAUAAAUCAAGUGGGAAACAGCUGUUUGAAACAGAUCAUAAUCUUGACACAUCUGAUAUCCAGUUCUUGGAGGAUGCUGGCAACAGUGUGGAAGUAGAUGAGUCUUUGUUCCAGGAAAUGGGUGACUUGGAGCUGGAGGAUGAUGAUGAUGAUCCAGACCUCAAUCCUGCUGACCCAGGAAGUGACUCAACCCACUAAUGGACUAUCCCCUUCUGCAGAGAGGCUUGACUGCCACAGCAUCUGUGGCUUAGCUGAGAGGGUUUUGAUUUUCCUUUCUUUUUUUCUAAGAAAAAAUAAUUUUCAGGAGAAUUUUCUUCUGAUAGCUUUCAUCAUUGAACUUAAUAAACUGACCUUAAAAUUUCAAAUGUA